CCUCAUAGUUCACGGGAAAUAUUUGGGUUAUUUAAAAUUGGAUUAUUUAAAUCAAAGAAUAUUAUGUUGGGAAUUUUAGGAAGAUAAUAUUUUCUUUCUGGGUAUUUUAUUGAAGAAAACUUUUAUUUUCGCGAUAAUUAAUAUUCUAGCGGGAUCGGUAUGUGUCCUUUUUUUACGUUUUGAGCACUGAAGCGCGCUCUGGUAAAGUAUUCGGUAGUACGAACGAGCAGUACCUCACGACCUGUGGAAACAAAGUGAACGGAGAACGCGCGCGCUAAAGAAAAAAGGCCUAAUUUUGGAUUACCACUACACCACCGGUAAGUGUCAUGCUGAAAACUGGCCCUUUGCAUACCGAAACAAGAAACUCAGGGGUAAAACCCCAAACAGUAGUUUUGCUCAAGUGUUUGAAAAGCAAAAAGGAAGAAGGAUUCUAUGGUCGAUGUUUUUUAAAAUAGUUUGAUGUAUCCAAAAUAAUCGAUUUUGAAUGAUAACCUAAUAGUUUCGUUAAGUAAUUUUUGAGAAAAAUGCUGAUACUGCGAAAUAGUAUCAUGUAAAAUGGUUUCAAUAAGGUGAAGCAAUACUAAUCUUGAAGAGUGGUCUUUCGAGUCGCGAUAAUGCCGGAAAAUGUUGAGCUACAGCAACUCGUCGAAGAAGAACAGGAAGAAGAGCUUAAAUUUCACCGCCCCAAAUCUAAAAACCGAUAUCCUUACCUGGGAUUAAUUUUAGCGACGUUGAGUUCCCUUUUUUUCUCAUUAUGUUCGGUUAUAGUUAAGUGGAUGUCCCAAGUGAACCCCACAGCUUUAGCUGCCUACAGGUUUCUCGGAGUGCUUCUGCCUGCUAUACCAAUUAUGAUAUACCACCGACAGCCGGUAUAUCCCAAAGGAAAGAGAAUAAUGCUGUUGCUAAGAUGCUUUACCGGCACUGCAGGUCUUAUGUUAAGUUUCUAUGCGUUCCGUCAUAUGCCGUUAUCCGACGCCUCGGUAAUUGUGUUUUCUGUUCCAGUGUUUACUAGUAUCUUUGCAAGAAUGUUUUUAAAAGAGCCCUGCGGCUGGUUCAAUGUCUUCUCUAUAAUUUUAACCUUCAUAGGGGUAGUCCUGAUUACCCGUCCCCCGAUUAUUUUCGGUAAUACUAUAAACUCGUUAGGUGAGAGCGAUCAAAGACCCGAAAUGUGGGGUGCGGUUGCCGCGUUUUCAUCCACAUUGUUUGGUGCUAAUGCUUAUGUUAUCUUACGCGCCUUAAAAGAUGUACACUACUCGGUGAUAAUGGCUAACUUUGGUACUUACGGUUUUGUUCAGUGUAUAAUGUUCACUUACUUUAUUGGGGCACUCUGUUUGCCUACAUGCGGUACCGAUAGAUACUUAAUAGUAGCUUUAGCUGUUUCUAGUUUUUUGGGGCAAAUUUUACUGACAACCGCAAUGCAAAUGGAACAGGCCGGACCAGUUUCUAUAGCCCGUAGCAGCGACAUCGUUUACGCGUUUAUUUGGCAAGUACUGUUUUUUAAUGAGAUUCCAAAUCGAUUUUCCGUUGCGGGGGCAAUUUUAGUGAUGAGUUCUAUUAUAUUAACUGGGCUAAGGAAAUGGGUUCUGGCUUUGCCUCACGAUGCCGCCCUCAAAAGGAAACUCAGUUUGUUAACAAAAUAGGCUUGUUUUCAAUUAUUAAUCAUUUUCAAAAUUGGAAUCUGCGGGAGAAUAAGAUCUGCAAAUCACUAAAAGUAGUACGUAGUAUUUUUAGUUUUGCAGCACAAAGUUGGUGAUAUUGUUUCCACAAUUAUUUUUAUUGCCUAGGAACAAUGAUUAACUGCCCUGAGUACAAGUGCAGUAAUUUAAUAUUAACCUAAAACCCAAAGAGCGCAAUGCUAGUCAUUUAGAAUGUAAUUAUAUGGCCAUAUUUAUCCGUAUUCGUUCGGUUUUGAUUUUGUCGAUAUUUCCAUGACAAUGAAGGACCAAAAGUUGCGGGAUUUAAGUGAUUCUGUUAGCAAGCCUGUAAUGAGUGUUUUUCUACCUGUACUAAUCCGAAAUAAAAUGUUUGUUCA